CUGACUGGUAUUUCGCCCUUUUAUUAGCUUAUAAAGCUACCAGACAACCCUCCUCCUCACUUCCGUUCCCCCCCCUACUCUUCCCUGAAAUCGUACACUAUUUUCAGCUCUCACCUCCUCUCUCCCCCAAGUAUUAUUUCCACACAUUUAUCAUUACAUAUCGCUCUCACUUCCCUAUUUGGCUCUUGUACUUCUUCGCCUCUCCUCACUUUCUCUCUCUACUCUCCUAACUUUAAACCCACCACAUCUCCUACUCCCACUCUCUUCACUUUUUUUCAAUUCUAAGCAAAACCAGUUUCAGAAAACCCAUUUAAAAAAUCCAACUUUUACUCGAAUCCCAUUGAAAAAAAGGAAGAAAAAUAGAAUAGAAAAAAAACCAUGCAUAGGUGCAGUAAUGGCUCUUCACAUGGCGGCAACAUGGUCGGCGGUCCAUGUUCGUGCGGUGUCCUUCACCAUACCCAAUCCAACUCCUCCUUCUCCAUGCUCUUCUCCAUGCCUAAUCACCACAAGCCGUACGAUCAUAUUCAUCACGAAACAUCGUACGAUCAUCAUCACAUGUACCCGUUCGCAUCCCCAUCAUCCUCCGUCGAUUGCACUCUCUCUCUAGGAACUCCCUCGACCCGUUUGACCGACAACGACGUCGUUUCCGACGACAGGCGUGCGCGCAACGGCGAGCGGCGCUCCGGUAACUGCGUUUCCAACUUCUGCUGGGACUUGUUGCAGCCCAAUAAGUCAUCUCCGUCUUCCCAUCACAAGAACGGCAGCCGCGGUGGCAAUAUCAACGGCGUUACUAACGCUGUCAGUAGUAAUAACGAUCCCCUUCUCGCUCGCCGCUGCGCUAACUGUGACACCACCUCCACACCUCUCUGGAGAAACGGUCCAAGAGGCCCCAAGUCACUGUGCAAUGCCUGCGGCAUUCGUUUCAAGAAAGAAGAGAGACGUGCCACUGCGGCAACAGCCAACGGCGGUGGUUCGAGUGUCGUAGGAAUGGAGUCUAACGGAUACCACCACCACAACUCAUGGAUUCCGCACUCGCAGACCCAGAAAAUGGCAUGCUUUGGUAACGAAUUUCGGUUCAUCGAGGACGACACCGUGCACCACGAAAACGACAUGAACGGCAUCCCCUUCCUGUCCUGGCGCCUCAACGUCACUGACAGGCCAAGCCUCGUCCAUGAUUUCACAAGAUGAUCAACUCAUGAAGAUGUUGAAGAUUACUUAUUUAAACUGUUGCUUAGUUUGUUUUUCUUUUCUCAAGUGUUUUUCUGUUUAUUUUUAUUUUAUUUUUUGGUUUCUUGUUUUUAUGAAGUUACAUAUAAAUUAAGCUACUACGACGUUUCUGUUAUAAUGGACGAUCAUGAUGAUUAUGACUA